AUGUAUGUAACAGGGAAUCCUGGGCAUCCUCCCGUGGCUGUCAAGAUGGAAUUUAGUUGCUUAUGGACCUUAGGUCUGUUUCUGAUGGCCAGUAAAUCUUCCGCACUCCCAUCCAUCACAGACACCACAUUUAUAAACGAGUGUGUGGAUGCCCACAACAGCUUGAGGCGCCAAGUCAGCCCUCCUGCGGCCGACAUGAAAUUCAUGGGCUGGGACAAAAAUUUAGCAAAGACAGCAAGUGCAUGGGCACACAAGUGCAAAAUAGCACAUAAUGACUGUUUAGACGUAGCAAAUGGAUGUCACGCAGGUUUUGCAUUUGUCGGAGAAAAUUUAUGGACAGGUGGAGAAGGCGGUUUUUCACCACACGUUGCCGUUAAUAGUUGGUACAAUGAAACUGCAUUUUAUAAUUUUGAGACUCUGUCAUGUUCCAAAGUUUGUGGACAUUAUACACAGGUAGUGUGGGCCAAUACAUACAAAAUUGGUUGCGCAGUCGCCAAGUGUCCUAACCUUGGAGGUUCAACUGUAGUAUUUAUAUGCAACUAUGGACCUACAGGAAAUUAUCAAAAUACACCCCCUUACAAGACAGGAGAAUUUUGUUCUCUAUGCUCAAAACAAGAGAAAUGUGUAAAGAAGCUCUGCUACGAUCCAAUCUUGAAUGGGAAACCACCUCAGUGGAUAGCGUUUAACUCAUUCUGCAUAGGUUUUAUUCUUCUGCGAAUCUUUUAA